AUGUUAUUAUACCUUCUUUGUCGACCUUGUUGCGACUUUUUGACAGACGUUGCGCCAGCCGUUCGGAUAUGCGCGGAUUGCGCGUACAAUACUUUUGAUAACAUCCGCGCGAAACGUUCAUGGGAUACCGGCGUGAAGCGAAAGGACCUGGCACGCCUUGUAAAUGACGGCAGCUCGAUCAACCGGCCAUCCACGUCGCUGCAUGGCGGCGAUUCAUUCGACGAUGUCCUCUUCGAUGCCCGGGGGGAGGAGUUGUUUCGGACCACGCUUUUGUCGUUCGACCGUCCCGGUCGUUUUCAUCAUUUUGAUGUAGUGAAACAGUGUGGUCUUGGUCACAGGAGAGCUGCACACGACUGCUGCUUUUGA